GUGCAUACUUCACACCUACCUGGUCGGUACCUGGGUACCUACGUCACAAUCAUCUACGAACAUCACCGUCCCGUCAAUCACAUCGCACUCACUCACUCACUCCGCACCUCCGCACCCACUCCGCACCCACUCCGCACCUCUGCACCUACCUCCAACCCACCACUGCAUACCUCCAACCCACCACUACAUACCACCAUACCACCAGUUACCACCACAGUACACCCCAACACCAACACCCCAACCACCAGCUCAAGAUGCGUGUCGCAGAACUCCUCGCGGACCUUACCUUGCUGAAGACCAUUCCAAGCGCCGACGCCCUCGCGAUCCUCUCCCCCACCACGUCCCUGCCCCCUUCCAGCACCACCUCCCCCGCCACAACCACCACCCCCUCUAUUCCCGCCACCCCCUCCGCCGCCACCUCCCCCGCCUCCACAGCGGACACAGACCCCGACACAACGCGCGCGCACCAGUUCCUAGCGCUGCGCCAGGUCGAGCUCUCGCAGUCUUCGUUCUCGCAGUCCUCGCUCCUAGCGAAGCGUGCGGCUGUUGCGAGGGUGUUGCGGCGGAUUGAUGGUGAGUCUUUGUCUGACGAGGACGAGGAUGAGUCCGACGGGGACGAGUUCGUGGAUGGUGAGGAGGGCGGGGACAAGGACGAGGAGGAAGAUGAUAUAGGCAGUGCCUGGGGCAGCAGUAAUGGUGCUGGUGGACCGGUGAGGAUGGCGGGUGCUUGGGGGCGGUGA